CUCUCUCUCUCUCUCUCUCUCCGCCGUCCUGAUGAGCGGCCGGCUGUUCCCUCCGGCCACGGACAGCCUGCACCGCGGGAUGCAGACCACAGUCCCAGAGUUGACAUCCUGGUCCGCUCCGUCCUCUGAUCACCUGCUGCUCCAGACGGCUCCAUGUUAGCGCUGCCCGCUGCUCAUCGCGUCCCACUGCGCCUUUUCUCGGACUGUUGACUCUAUUUGUUGCAUUUCACAGGACAUCCAACACUGGACUGUUAGUAUUUGGACAUUUCUGCAAUGAUCCGCCGGCUGUGAGUGAGAGGAACACUAACAGAAGUCGUCUAAUUGGCUGAACGCGCUACGCAUGAUGGCCAAUAACAACGAGCUACAAACUGAUCCAGAUGGGCUGUCGGUGCUCCAGCAGCUCGGUUUGGACCAAAACUCCGACUUCUCCGACUCCAGCGUGCAGCAGCGGCUGGACGAGCACCGCGAGAGGAUCCGCAGGGAGAUCCGCAAGGAGCUGAAGAUCAAGGAGGGGGCGGAGAACCUUCGCAGGGCCACCACCGACAAGAGGAAUGCCCAGCAGGUGGACUCGCAGCUCCGCAGCUCCAAGCGCAAGCUGGAGUCCCUCCACACGCAGCUGCAGGAGCUGGACGCACACAUCGUGGUCAAAGGCCCGGACGACAACAAAGAUACGUGCAAGUCUCCAGGUUCAGUCAAUCGGACGUCGGCCAAUCAGCACCGCAUUGCAGCUUUGGAGCGGCAGCUAAACAUUGAGCUGAAGGUCAAACAGGGAGCAGAGAACAUGAUUCCGAUAUACGCCAAUGGAGGCACCAAGGACAAGAAGCUUCUCCAGACGGCCCAGCAGAUGCUGCAGGACAGCAAGACGAAGAUCGACAUCAUCCGCAUGCAGAUCCGGAAGGCCAUGCAGGCUACGGAGCAAUCCGAGGACAACCAAAGUAAGCCGGACCUGUGUGGGGUGGAGCUGCGUGUGGAGGAGCUGUGGCAUCAUUACCGGGUAGAACACGCCAUGGCCGAGGGAGCCAAGAACAUGCUGCGACUGCUGGGAGCCGGAAAGGUCCAAGACAAGAAGGCCAUAGCUGAGGCUCAGUGUGGUUUGAGCGAGUCCUCCCAGCGUCUGGACCUGCUCAGAUGUUCGCUGGAACAAAGGCUGGUAGAGCUGCCGGAGGAUCAUCCCAAGGCCUGCCUCAUCAAGGAGGAGCUGGUGCUGGCCUCCUCUUCUGCUUUCAGCUCCCGUCACAGCACUCCCUAUGUCCAUAACCAGUAUAGCACCCUGAGUAAACCGUCGCCUCUCACAGGUACUCUUCAGGUUCGGCUUCUGGGCUGUGUGGGACUGUUGGAGGUGGUUCCAGGGCGGAGCAGGGGGACCCCAGUGGUUCUUCCUUCUUAUACCCCAGCAGACGGACGCUCCUCGUUCAAACUGAGCGGCCUCUACAGCCGCAGCACCAGCAGCAUGAGCCUCAAGAUCCCCAGCAAGAACGACGAGCUCUCAUCGGAAGUGAGUGCGGUGCUGAAGCUGGAGAACACAGUGGUGGGUCAGACAGUUUGGAGAACAGUUGGAGAGCAGGCCUGGGACCAGAGCUUCACUGUGGAGCUGGAGAGAUCCAGGGAGAUGGAGAUCGCGGUGCAUUGGAGGGAUUACCGCUCCCUGUGCGCUCUGAAGUACCUGAAGCUGGAAGAGUUCCUGGACAACCAAAGACACCAAGUCCAGCUGGAACUGGAGCCACAGGGGCUGCUGCUGGCUGAGGUGACCUUCUUCAACCCAGUGAUAGAGAGAGGCCGGAGACUGCAGAGACAGAAGAAAGUCUUUUCUAAACAGCACGGUAAAGCGUUCCUGCGUGCCCGUCAGAUGAACGUGGACAUCGCUACCUGGGUCCGCCUGCUGAGGAACGCCAUCCCCAGUGGAAGCAACACGCCUUCAUACACGCCCAGUUUCACAAGCAACACACACAGCACAGGAGAAAUCUCCGUGGAGAAGCUGAACCUGGAGAGCGAAUCUCCCCCCAAAGCUGAAGUCAGGAAAGACGUUGUGGACGCUCCUACUCCCCUGGAACAGACGCCAGUCAUCGAGCCCCCGUCCACGCCAGAUGUCCCGGCUCACGAGCAGCCAACCAGAUCGCUGUCCCAAAACUCCUUACGCAGGUGCAGCAGCACACACAACAGAACCAGCAGAGGCCCUCUCUGUCUGCAGGACUUCAACCUGAUAGCAGUUCUUGGCAGAGGUCACUUUGGGAAGGUGCUGCUGUCAGAGUACAAAAAGACCGGCAGCCUGUACGCCAUCAAGGCCCUGAAGAAAGGAGACAUUGUGGCUCGGGAUGAAGUGGAAAGUCUGAUGUGUGAGAAGCGGAUCUUUGAGACCGUCAACGGCUCCCACCACCCCUUCCUGGUCAACCUGUUUGCAUGUUUCCAGACGCCAGAACAUGUGUGUUUUGUCAUGGAGUACACGGCGGGAGGAGACCUCAUGAUGCACAUACAUGCCGACGUCUUUUCUGAGCCUCGUGCUGUGUUCUACUCUGCCUGUGUGGUUUUGGGUCUGGAGUUCCUUCAUGACCAUAAAAUCGUGUACCGGGAUCUUAAAUUGGACAACCUGCUGCUUGACACAGAGGGUUUUGUGAAAAUAGCAGAUUUUGGGCUCUGUAAAGAAGGCAUGGGUUAUGGAGACAGAACCAGCACAUUCUGUGGGACUCCUGAGUUUUUGGCUCCAGAGGUGCUGACGGAUACGUCGUACACCAGAGCAGUGGACUGGUGGGGGCUCGGAGUGCUCAUCUACGAGAUGCUAGUCGGAGAGUCUCCGUUCCCAGGCGACGAUGAAGAGGAGGUUUUUGACAGCAUAGUGAACGACGAAGUCCGCUACCCACGAUUCCUCUCCACCGAGGCCAUCGGCAUCAUGAGACGGUUAUUGAGAAGAAAUCCUGAAAGACGUCUCGGCUCUGGAGAAAAGGACGCUGAAGAUGUCAAAAAGCAGCCUUUCUUCAGAAACACCGACUGGGAGGCUCUUCUUCAGAGAAAAGUCCCGCCGCCGUUCGUCCCGACGAUCGCAGGAAAAGAAGACGUCAGCAACUUCGACGCCGAGUUCACCACCGAGGCUCCCACCCUCACGCCUCCCCGCGAGCGCCGCACCCUCUCCCGUAAGGAGCAGGACUACUUCAAGGAUUUUGACUACGUCUCCGACCUCUGCUAGGGUCCGGGGUCGGGGGGGGUCACAGGAUUUUUAGCUGCCCACUGCCAGCCACAGACUCUGAAAGGAGACUGAGAAGUGACGGCUGAACUGGAUGGCGAUGGGAGGAUCACUCUUACUCUGUCCUCUCUCUCUAUCUGUGUGUUUAUGAUGGGAUGGCGUAGCGGCUGGUCUGAGCGUGUGCGAAUCAGUGGAAUCUGAUCGCGUGUCGAAAACAUAUGCAGCGUCACAGAUCUGCUGACCCACAGACUUUGUGGAGUGGCUUUUAAGUCGUGAUGAUAACGGAAGAUAAUCCAGAUUAUGUAACAGAUGGAAGAUGACAUGAUGGAUCCUGCUGUUUGUUUGAAACGCUCAAAAAGUCUCAGAAUCAUGGAGGCAACGAGUGAAAAGUGAUUAACCUGACAGGAAGCAGUCUGCCUCUUUCCCUCCUCGUAUUUGCCCCACUCCGUCGUCCCUUUAUCUCUGCUGUUUGUCGCUGCUCAGUGUGUGUUUUAGCAUUGUACGGUGUCCUUGCCUCCGUCAUGAAUGUGUCCAUGUCAGCUGCAUCAUCUGGGCAUCACCACUUGGGGGAGCCAGAGGAAAGAGAAAAAUUCUCUUCAUGUUUGAUCAACGCUGCCCCCUGCUGAUUACGCCAAAGAAGGGCAAGUAAAAGAUUUAGACAGGAGAGUGGGGGGUCGGCUGCUGUUUGUGUGUCUGUUCGAUCACCUUUCCUUCCACGGUUCUUUGUUACACCACGAAUUUUUAACUGCAAUCAUUUUUCAGUGACAAAAUGCUUUUACAAUUUUGUGAUUUACUGUCCUUUUACCCCCGUCUGUGUUUCCUCAGUUAUUUGCUGGUGAAAUGUGUUGGAACUGUGACUCAGUAAAGAUGUGAACUCAA